AUGGGAUCGGAAGAACAAAUACCCGGAGAUGUUAUUAGCAUGGGGGAAAGCGAUAGCGAAGAAGAAAACAGUCACGUCGAAAAGAGGUCAAUAGCUGAUGUUGAUGGCCCCGACGGCGAAGAGAAUCAACCCUCGAAAGCCGCCAAGCGCCCAAAGCUCAGCCGCCAAUCGCCGAGCAGCGACGCAAGCAAGGUCUCCGAGGAAGGCGAAAUAGAAGAGAGCUUAUCAAAGUCCCUCAGCAGCCAGUCCAGCAUAUCGAGCCUCCGGCCACGUGCCAAGUCGUUCGUUCCCUGGGACCCGCCGUUGUUCACGACUGACACGGUCAACCUGAAGUUACCAGCGCUCUCGCGGAGGAAGGAAGGAUCUUGGGUGGAUCGCGUCACGGAUUGGACUACUGUGCUGUGUACGAUCAAUUUUGAUUCCCUGGCCGAGAUCAAGCCCGCAACGGUUGUUUCCGCCUUUGGUCAAUACGUUGACGUGCACAGCGGUCUGAAAGCACCAAAAAGGAAAUCAGCCAAGCAGACUGUUUGUGCUAUGGAGGACUCGGGAAAGCUUGCUACGAUUAUCGGAAGCACACAAGCGCCGGCUCCUGCGCCGGCCGCUGCGUCACCCGAACCGGCGGACGAGGUGGAAAAUGGUCAAGUCCCCGACUCACCAGAGUACGUGCCGAGUGAUUCCGUGCUGCCAGAACAUAGCCAGGCUGCCAACAGCCACGCAAGCGGCGCUGCCGCAGAGACAAAUGGUGUAUCGGUACCGGAAGGGCAGCCAACAGCGGAGCAGCUCCGAUACUUUCCUUCUGCGGAAAACGCCGCCGACAUGUGCGUUUUGUGCGGCCACAAAGGCCAUGUAGCUGGCUCUUGCAGCCACACAAAAUGUAAGUUCUGUGGCGAAACUGGUCACUGGGCGUUUAGCUGCAAAGCCAUCCAGGCCAGAUGCGGAAAGUGUCGCCAACUUGGCCACGAGACUUCGUCCUGCGUGGAAAAACUGGCUCUCACAAAGGAUGAGGGCUUGGCCUGCGCCUACUGCGGCCUGCAACACCACCUCGAAGGUGAUUGCACGGAGCCAUGGCGAUCGUUCCACGCUGAGGGAGAUGUCGUUUUCCCCGUUAUUGCUAUCCAGGCAUCAUGUGCCGUGUGCGGCUCUCGAAACCACUUUGCGUCGGACUGCUCGCAGAAGGGCAAUCGCCCCUUUAACCCUUCAUGGACGCUACGAAACCGGGAUCUCUUUGUAGAUGCGAACUGCGGCAAUGAGUCUAUUGAGGAAGCUGCUAGCCCGCACCUUCGUGCGGAACCUAACACAAGCCAAAGACAGACCAGGGCGCCACGCGGUCCCGCUGCGCGCGCCAUGAAUGUGCGCUAUUCAGAGAGCGACGACUCUGAUGAUAUCGAGCUGCUCGGCCAGAGAGCCGCACCAAAGCAUCAGCAGCAAAGGGCGCCACGGGCAGGGUCCAUACGGGUGGCAACCAACCUUCAGAUGCCUACGCUGGGAGGUCACGUCGUCCAGCCGCCGCUUCCGCCCGGGCCGCCUCCGCCGCUCCCUCCACAGAGCCAUCCCCCGCCUCCCGGCACCUCGGGCUACUCUAGAAACCAGCACGGGCCGCCGCCUUCACUGCCCCCAAAGCCGCCGACAGCGCGGAACAACCACCGCGGGCCUCCGCCCCCAGGAGAGCCCCGCCACGGUGGUGGCAGCCGCGGACGAGGUGGUCCCCCGCGUGGGCGAGGGGGGCGUGGAGGUGGAGGUGGACGGGGCCGGGGACGAGGACGAGGACAACGAUGA